AUGGACGGCGAGAUAACGCUGUCUCCUUCCGUACUUGGAGAAUGCGUAGCAGCAAAGACAUUCAGAGACAAUCGACAACCCGUUACCUCAUUAUGCUUUGACGAUAGUGGAGAACUUUGUGUUACUUCGGCUCAAGAUGAGAGUUUACACAUUUACAACUGUCGAGAGGGCAAACACCAGAGUACUUUACACAGCAAAAAGUAUGGCGUCAAUCUAGCACGAUUCACUCAUCAAAAGACAACGGUUAUUUAUGCCUCAACAAAAGAAGACGAUACCCUGCGAUAUCUUUCUGUACACGACAACAAGUUCAUUCGAUAUUUUCGUGGUCACAAGGACAAGGUUGUGUCACUGGAAAUGUCACCAAUAGACGACCAAUUUCUUUCAUCUUCGCUUGACAAAACCGUUCGAUUAUGGGAUUUGAGAUCACCGACAUGCCAGGGUGUUGUACAUGCCAAAGGACGUCCAACAGCAGCUUUUGAUCCUGAAGGUCUGAUCUUUGCGCUAGGCGUCGAUUCAAGCACAGUGAAAAUGUAUGAUUUGCGAGCGUAUGAAUCAGGACCUUUUGCAACAUGCGAGAUAUCAGAUACAUAUUACUAUCCAAAGGGCCUGCCGGAUUGGACGAGUCUGAAAUUCACCAACAAUGGCAAGCACAUACUGCUUUCGACUUCAGGACAAACACACUAUAUACUUGAUGCAUUCAGUGGCAAUAUUAUCCAAAGGCUCAGUGGGUUUCCGCGAUUGGGUGUUGAUACUUGUGGCGAGGAAACGGGCCUUUCACCGGAUGGAAGAUUCGUAUUUUCAGGAGGACGUGAUGGCAAAUUAUACAUUUGGGAUAUAGAGAAUCCAGCUUCAACGGCCGGCGUGAUUCAAGACAAUACACCCAUGACGGCCUUGGAUACUCCUCAUACCGAUAAUCUUCGAGUCUUUGGCUUCAACCCUUAUUACAUGAUGUUUGUCACAGGAUCCGACGAGCUUGAAUUCUGGCAAUCCAAGCAACCAGCACUAUAG